CAAACGAGGUAUAAACAGAUAUUAAAGAUUUGAAUCUUCUCUAGCUCAUCAAGAAUAUUUUCUAAACUAUUUUGUUUGUGAUCAAGAAUUUUAUUUAAAGAAAGAUGUGGAUUUUUGGAUUAAGUGGGAAAUCUGGGUUUUCAGCUCGUUCUACUGCAGAGCAGGUCACGAAAGGUGUUGAUGGAACUGGGCUUGUAGCAAUUGUUACAGGAGCGACAAAUGGUAUUGGAUUAGAGACGACGCGUGUUCUUGCCUUGAGGGGCGUCCAUGUCAUCAUGGGAGUGAGGAACGUUAAAGCUGGUGAGAAAGUUAAAGGAGAAAUUCUCCAGAAACAUCCGGGUUCCAAAAUUGAUGUCAUGGAGAUAGAUCUCAACUCACAAGCAUCCAUAAGAAAAUUCGCUGCUGACUUCAUAGCCACCGGUCUCCCCCUGAACAUACUCAUAAACAAUGCGGGGAUUAUGGCACCUCCAUUCACACUCUCCAAAGAUAACAUUGAACAACAAUUUGCUGUUAAUCAUUUGGGUCCAUUUCUUUUGACAAAUCUUUUGUUGGACACAAUGAAGAAAACAGCAAACGAGUGUGGUAAAGAAGGAAGGAUUGUUAACGUAGCAUCAGAGCUUCACCGGUAUGGGUACAAAGAAGGGAUUCGUUUUGACAAAAUCAAUGACAAAGCCAGUUACAAUCCCAAUAGUGCAUAUGGACAGUCCAAGCUCUGCAACAUAUUACACUGUGUUGAGCUCACGAGGCGCCUAAAGGAGGAAGGAGCAAAUGUUACCGCAAAUUCACUUCAUCCUGGAGUUAUUGCCACUAAUAUUGCACAAAACAGCAGCCUUCUUGGCUGUAUAUUCGGCUGUGCACAAAUCUUUUUGAAAAACGUUCCCCAGGGCGCUGCAACCACCUGCUUUUUAGCAUUGAGUCCGAAAGUAAAUGGUGUAAGUGGCGAAUAUUUCAUGGACAGCAACAAAGCUAAAGCUAGCUCGAUGGCCAGAGAUCCAGAACUCGCGAAGAAACUAUGGGACUUCAGCUUGACCUUCACAGAGAACAAAUAAUCUUUUACUCUGUUGUGUGCAAAGAUGUCCUAUACCUACUAGUGAAACUUUUAAGAUUUUUUUGUUCCUGGUGUGCAUUUGUAGUUCUGAUGUAUGGUAGCCUUGUUUUUGAGAGAUGUGUUGUUACUUGUUACAUCUAAUAUGUAAUUUAGAACAAGUUAAAUUUAUUUUAUGGUGAGUUUGGAAAUGAAGUGAAUUAUUUUAUGUGUA